CCGGGACCCCCCUCGAUGUCACCUGAGGGGCCGGGACACACCCCACAGUGACCCCAAGUGAGCCGGGACCCCCCGCAGUUGAGUCCAGGUGGGCCGGGACCCACACCCUUAAUGAGUCCUGAGGAGCUGGGACUCACCCUCCCAAUGUCACCCGAGGAGCCUGGACCGGCCCCUGGUGAGCCCAGGCAGCGCCGCCCCCCCCGCCCCCCCCAGGACCGGCCCACGGUGCUGACCCGCGUGGAGGGGGGGCCCCCCCGGCGCACACAGGUGCCGCCCGAGGGGGGGUCGUGCCCCCCCCUGCUGCACGUGCCCCACCCCGGGGUGUUGGUGAUGCGGCCGCGGCUCCCCCCGGCACACGGUCUCCCCGGGUUCGAGUGGGGUCCCAAAGACCCCCCCGGCCGGGACCGGGACCCUUCGCCCUCCCCCGCCGGCAGCGACCCCCCCCCGCCGCCCCCCGGGGCCGCGCAGCCCCCCAGGGCCCCCCGGUGCGAGCCCGGGGAGGUGGCGCAGUGUCUGCGGCAGCUGGAGAGGAUCCAGGAGCUGGAGCAGCAGCUGGCCCGGGAGCGGCACCGCCUGGGGCUGCUGCAGGCACAGCUGCUGAGGAGGGGCCCCCCCGGGAAGGGCCAGGCUGGGCCCCCCCCAAUUUGGGGCCCCCCGGCCCCCCCCGAGGCAGGGGGGGACCCCGAGAUGCCGCUGACCCCCCCCGGGCACCCCUGGGAGCACGGGGGGCUCUGCCCAGAACUGGAGUAUUAUCGGCUCAGCACCGCCCGGCCCCCCUACACCUACGCCACGCUCAUCCGAUGGGCGAUCCUGGAGGCCCCGCAGCGGCAGCGCCCCCUGGCGGAGAUUUACCACUGGUUCAGCCGCCAUUUUGGGUUCUUCCGGCACAACACCCGGACAUGGAAGAACGCCGUGAGGCACAACCUGAGCCUGCACAAGUGCUUCGUGCGGGUGGAGGCGGCCAGAGGAGCCGUGUGGACGGUGGACGAGGCCGAGUUCCGCAGGAAACGGGGCCAGCGCUACCCCAGGGACUGUGACCUCAAGUGCUUUGUGCCCCCACGGCGCUGAGGGGGGACCCCAAACAUCCGGGAGGGGCAUGGGGGGGUCCCCCAAAGCCCCCCAAGAGGAACGUGAGACCCCAAAACCCCAAAGGAAC